AUGGCAAAGGACGACGGUUCGGAGCGGUCGCUCAUUUCCAAGCUCCCUCGACAGGGCAAGAAGCAGGGCAAUAAACGACAGAUACCAUGGUUAUAUGAUCUUGUCUUGUGGGCGCUCUCCGUCUUGAUAGACCUCUUCUUUCGAGAAGUGCACCCUCGAGGAGCAUGGAAGGUACCGAAGAAGGGGCCCGUCAUUCUCGUUGCCGCGCCGCAUGCAAAUCAGUUUGUCGAUUCAUUGAUCUUGAUGAGAAUUCUCAAAACCGAAGCCAAUAGACGGAUCUCAUAUCUGAUUGCAGAAAAAUCUACAAAGCGCAAAUUCAUUGGGACUUUGUCGGCGGCAAGUGGUGCCAUCCCGGUCGCCAGAGCCCUCGACAAGGUGAAGCCAGCAAAGGGCAAAGUAUAUCUACCGGAUCCCGAGAACGACCCAACCCUCCUCCGCGGCGUCGACACUGAUUUUACGGGCCCCGAUUUUGAAGUGGGGGGUUUGAUAGUGUUGCCGAAGAUUAGAGGCCAGACACCCAGCACCGAGAUUGCCGAGAUCAUCUCUCCUACCGAAAUCCGCCUGAAAAAGCCUUUCAAAACACCAGAAGCAUUGGAGUCCCUGCAUGGCGUGGGGUCCAUCUAUGAUACUACUGCCUCCGGUGGCUACCCUGACGAACAGAGCGAACCCCGCGGUUGUUCUUUCAAGGUGGCUCCUCAUGUGGACCAGACAAAGGUGUACAAUGCUGUUUUCGAAGAGCUCGAAGCCGGUGGCUGCAUUGGGAUAUUUCCCGAAGGAGGCAGCCAUGACAGACCAGAUCUACUGCCGUUAAAAGCCGGUGUCGCCAUCAUGGCGCUUGGGGCAGAGGCGAAUUAUCCAGGGUGCGGUGUUAAGAUCAUCCCCGUUGGCAUGAAUUACUUCCACGCCCACAAGUUUCGAUCAAGGGCCGUCAUUGAAUUUGGCCAUCCCAUUGAGGUCCAUCCAGACCAAGUCGCUGCAUACAAAGCCGGGGACCGCAGGAAUGCUGUUGGAUCUCUCUUGGAAACAGUCUAUCAAGGCCUGGUGUCGGUCACACAAUCAUGCCCUGACUACGAAACUCUGAUGCUGGUGCAAGCUGCUAGGCGUCUAUAUAAUCCCACUGGAAAGAAGUUGCCGCUCCCACUGGUGGUCGAGCUCAACCGGCGCCUGGUGAAGGGCUAUACAAAGUACAAGGAUGAUCCACGUGUGGUGGAACUGAAAAAGGACGUCCUCGAUUACAACCGCGAGCUUCGAGCUCUUGGUCUUAAAGAUCAUCAACUCGAGUGGGGCAAUCCGGCGAAACGACCUUACUGGUAUGUGUUCGGCACGCUGAUCUACAGACUUGGCGAACUCUUCUUCCUGACCAUUGGAACCUUGCCCGGUCUGGCCAUGUUCUGGCCCGUUUUCGUCACCACCAAGGUCAUCUCGGCAAAGAAAUCUCGAGAAGCCCUCGCGGCUUCGACGGUGAAGCUUGAGGGCCGGGACGUCAUUGCGACAUGGAAGAUACUUGUCGCAAUGGCCUUUGCUCCUACUCUCUACAUCUAUUAUACCGUCAUUGUGUCGUUGUGGCUGGCAUACAACAGACGUGGCGGCUACUAUACUUACCGUCUGCCUUGGUGGAUGGUUGCUAGGACUUAUGUCCCCGACUUCCUCCCGAUGUGGCUGUUUGCCAUUCUCUUCUUCAUCUUGUGUAUUAGCGUCACUUUCGCAGCUCUGAGGAUUGGUGAGAUUGGUAUGGACAUUGUCAAAUCGCUUCCACCACUAUUUAUCGCACUUAAUCCUCGUUCAUCAAGCAGGAUAGUGCGGCUGCGAGCACGACGGGAAAGGUUGUCUGCCAAGGUGACUGAGGUCAUCAACACCCUUGGCCCGGAGGUCUUCCCUGAUUUCGAUGCAAAGAGGAUCGUGGCCGAUUCAUACAGAGAAGGCGCUUAUCAAUCCAGGUACAAGCAGGUGCCAGAGGAACCGAGACUGGUUGACUCGGUUGAACCGGCAACACCGACGUCUGGCGGGUUUGAGGACUCGGCCGACUCAUCCACCUCCAAGUCCUUCAGCUUUCUACCUUCCAACGAGUCAUUUGGCAACAUCGGUGGGUUUGGAUUCUUUGCAUCCAGGCCUGCGACCCCCAAAAGCCGGAGCCGAAGCCGGAGCCAAAGCAGUUCCGGAAGAGGUGCGCUCACCUCUACUCUCAAACCGUUUAGCGCCCUCAACGACAAGACGAGCCUUGACGAAGUCAGCAAGCGCAUUCGAGGGGCAAUGCGUGAGAGAGGGCGUAAGCGUGAAAAUGAGGGAGUGGAGACCGGCACUGAAAGCAGCUGGGACAUGGCUUCAGAUGGGCGAGUGACACCUACGACGGAGGAUGAGGAGCCCAAGAAAGAUCGUUAA